CGGAGAUGGACCUCAUCGUGAACAAGUCGGCUGUGCUGGGUGCAGAUAAGGCACGGGAUUUGGGAAAUGUUAUUUCGCAUGCACAAAAACAGGAUAGAAACCGAAUAGAAAUGCUGUUCUUAUGAACCAAAUAUUUGUAUCCGUUUGCACGCGAGUCUGAAAACAGUCCCAGGUAAGGAAUGUCGAGGCUGGGGCCUGGAUGUCGACCGUUGACUCGUCUUUGGCAAUGCCACGCUAAUGAAUGAGUGUUUUAUCAACGGAGAUAAUUCAGCACUCUACUUUUGUCUCCAUGCACAAAGGGCACACUGUGCAACUUUGCAUUUGUAUGCUUAAUUGAGAAGGGGCCAGUGCCCAAACAAAGCCAGUAACGGCAGCAAUAAACUGCUCGUUGAGACAAUAGGAGCAUGUAAAUCAGAUGUCUAUCUGUGUAAAAUUUUGUACGCUCUUAAUCUGCUUUCACCAGGCCGAUUUGUCCUACUGUGCUGUUGUACCUCUGAGGCACUGGGGUUUUUUGCUUAGCCCACCAUUGUGAGUGUUUACGCUUCACGGUCCGUAAUUCCCGUGUCCCCACAUUUCACUUUUCUCUCACUCCGAGAGACUCACUCAGCCGAGUCAACGAUCUCCAUUUUCGUGGCCUCCCUUAUCAGUUCCUGUUUUGUCCCUCCUCUUGCUGCUCCAGAUAUAGCCUGAUGUGCAGGGGGAAUGCAGCUCUCAGAGGAAUUUCUGCCUGCCCCCUCCUCCUAAUUUCACUCUCAGCAACUGACCCAGAGUCCCAUUACCCCCUCACCGCUCUUUGUUCUCCAUGAGUUUCACCCAGUUUGAAUAGUUUACUAACUCAGCACAGAGUUGUUGGAUGGAAAGACACUUAUUGGUAAUACGUUGUGCAUGAAGUGGCAAGCUCGUUAACAGAACAGAGCAGAGAAGGAAAGAGGUUGGUGGGUGGGUGGGUGGAGGAUUUUGGCUGAAAAUAGCACCCGUGUCAUUUUCUUCUUUCUCCGCUUUCUUUGGUUUUGCAGGCACUUGCCACUGCUGCUAUCCAAGUAGCUGCGAACAUGAAAGAGACGUAUCUCUGUCAGUAUUUGAUUGGCUGUUCCCUCAAGCUGGAUGCCUGAGAUGAUCUGCAUCAUUUUAUUCAGAAUGAUUGGUUGUCCGUUCUCUAAUGUGGGUUGGAGUAGUGCUAAAAUACAAAGUACCUGCAUUCAACUGAGAUUUUGUUACGUCGGCAAAAUAUAGAUAUUUUGGACGACCAGUAACAUGGAAUAUUUGUAGAGAUCAAGAGGUAUUCAAAUGGGAAAUAAUUCCUUUUGUUUUCACUGUUUAGGCUUUGAGGUCAGGCAGUUCUUGGUUUCCUGGUCAUAAUAAUAAUAUCCCCUUCUCCCACAGUUUCACUGCAGAGACUGUCUGCCCACAUUCUACUGGGGGAUGCAGUGGGUUGCUGGACAGAUUUUGAAUUCUUAUAUAGCCUAUUAAUGUUGCACGGUGUCUCGAUACUAAAAAGUUACUGCGGUACUUGCACGUUAAAAACGAUACCAUUUUGCACAUCUGUAGUAUCGAUACUUCAUUAAAAUAGCGCGUGAUCAGAGCACACUCACUGUGCCACCCUACUGACUGCAAGGGGGCGGGGCCUCCCAGCGCUCACUCGUGCAAGAGACGGCACUCGUGGCGAGUGAUCUACAGACUGGACACAUAAGGACGGGUUGGAGAUCCAUUUAGCAGAUCGUCUCUUAAGCUCCACGACAGGUGUAAGUUGUAAUGCGUGUCUGUCUUGGUAUGGGUUAACUCCCAGUGUAUUAUGUGGUCAUUUAUGGGGUGAACAGACCCUUCAGACGGCUUAGCUCUCUAUGAACUUUGACUGCUGGGACCCUGGAGACUAAAUCAUAGCCCAAGAGUUAUUCUCAGCAAGAACGUUGUUUUUUUUCCCUCCUUCUUUUUAGGAUUUAGAGAAUACAGUGUGACUUCAUUUUACCACAAGAAUGUUUCAGAAGCUGUUUUUUUUCUCUCAUUUUUCUAUUUACAGAAUUGGACGGAGAGGAGCUAUCCUCUGUCUGGCUUGUUACAUCAACUCGGAAGCAGUUCUAUAAGUGUUGACAUUGAACAUUGCAUUGUUCGAGCUGGCUCUUGUAGUUCACAUAAGCUACUGCAAUAAGAAGAAGAAAAGAGGACUCUGUGUAGAAGAGUAUGAAUGGGAAACAGUGACAUGAUGGGUCAUUGGGGAAUGUAUGCGUCUUUAGAUUAAAUGAACAUGUCUAGUUGUCCUAGCGACAUGGUGAACACUAAAGCAGUCUGCGAUGUUAUGGAUGGGUCCAAUGCUUGACGUUCCGUGUGUUUUCAACUAGCCACACAGAUGGUUACAGCGGUCUGUAGGCUCGAUGUCCCUCUGACAAUGAAUCUUGAGGCCACCCAUUCGUUCUCGUCACCCAUGACACCAUCCAGCGAAUCUCCAGCUAUGUGCCAGUGUUUCGCUGUGCUGGAGGACGGAGCGUUGGCCCACAACCUGCAGGAGCAGGAGAUCGAGCAAUACUAUAGCACCAACGUCCAGAAGAACCAGCUGGUGCAGAAUGACAUCCGUGUAGCAAAAAGACUGCAGGAUGAGGAGGAAGAGGAGCGAGCCCAGCAGAGCACCCUCCUCCGACAGGCCUCCAGACAACUAGAGAUGGACGACUUUGAGUACGCCCGUAUAAUUCAGGACGAGAUCCAGCGUGGUGCUGAAGAGACCCGGAGGAGGGAGCAGGAAGAUGAGGAAAUAGCCAGACGAAUGCAGGACGAGGAGACGCAGAGCCUCUCGAGGGUCAGCAGAGGGCAGGAGGGCCAUCGUCAAGGCAGCACAUCCCCGCGCCAGCACACACUCGGUGGCCUUCACCAAGGAGAGGCGCAGUACCCGUCUCCCACCACCAGGUGGCAAUGCUCUACCUCUCACACCCAUGCAGACUUAACUGGGCCUCUGGCGGACUCUCCUCGGGGGUUAGCUCAGAAAAACACGACUUCAUGGUCAAAUCAAGGACACACCGAUUACAUCAGGGGUGAAUCGGAGGAGUGUGUGAGUCAGGAUUCAGAGGACUCGGACACCUUUUAUUCACCACAGCACUCCGUCGGCUCCCAGAGACUGAACGAAAGACGCAAGACGGCGCCCCCUCGCCGGCGGGCGCCGUUGCAUCAGCCGCGAGAAAGAAACUACAGGAGCCUUGACUCUGGCAGCAGCCUCACAGAGGAGGAGAGAGGAGGAUGGACUGAGAGCCAUCAUGGAAACGGUGACCGAGAGACGAGGAAGCCGAGGAAUUUGGAUCGGGAAAGGAACCGUAGAGAGGUAUCUCAGAGUUUCCACAGCAGCAGAGGUCAGGAUAGAGAUUGCAGGUCAGACCAAGUAAGAGAACGGCGCAGCUUUAGUCGCAGUGAAUCUGUGAGGAUUCACGACGGGAGCCAACGCAGUCACGACUUGGCGAGGACCCGGAGCUACACGGAGAACCCAGACAAACGCGUCCGUUUUCAGGAGCACACCAGGAGCUCUUUCAGGCAGCAGGGGGAAACCGCACGGGUCUGGGCGAUGCUGGGCCAGGUCCUCAGAGAGAGGGGCGUGCCCGUGAGGUUCGGCAGCAGCGGGGCGCCGCUUCAAAUCCGGCCUCAAAGCGCAGACGGCCAGGCGCUCCACGGGCGAGAGGUCUCCCGUAGCGACUCCCAGCCACAUCAGAGGGCUUUCCGCCGAGCCGCCGCCGCCAGGCACAGUUUCCAUGGAGACAUCCGGGAGAGGAGGAGAUGCCAGGAGAGCGGCGGGAGAGAUCACAGGGAAGACGGGGACCGGCACGGCGACGACGCGCCUCGCGAUGGAAACGCGUGCGAGGUCACCCGCGGGGACUCCCGUCUCGCUCCGAGAGAACGGGGAGGCAGCGGCCGGUGGAGAGAGCACCGGCCCACGAGCGAUAACGAGAGGAAUGCGAAUGAUCCCAGGGUCGAGAGGACAACGAGCCAACGCCGGUGUCGGCACAAGACCAUCGAAGAAAGGUUAAGCUCUGAGGAGGAGGAGGAGGAGGAGGAGGAGGAGAGGCCCUGUCCCAGAGCCCCACGGCGAACCCAAAGCCUCAGCAGCAGCAGACGGGCUUCAAGCGGGGUUGGGUCGAGGCGCGUGGCAGCAGGAGCGCCGCGGCAGCCAGAGCCAGGCGAGCAGAGCCUGGACAUGGGCGAGCUGCGGCAGGUCCUCCAGGACGAAGAGCUGGCCCACAAGCUGCAGGAAGACGAGGACAGGCGGCAGAGGAGGAGGAGGAAGUCCCACCCCUCUCCAUGUAGUUUCUACCCAGAGGGAGACUUCCGAGUAGCUCAAGUGGCGCAGGAUGAGGAAAUCGCACGCUUUAUGCAGAAGCAGGAAGUGAAGGCAAAGCGAAGAUCUCGCGAGCUGGAGGGCUCGUCCUCGUGGCGCGAGCACCGAGCGGCGGUCGGCGAUCACGACCGGCGGGCCGCGAGAGACAGACCGGUCCAGCGAGAGAGGCUGGACUCGGAGGGCCUCCCCUCCCCCGCUGAGGACUGCUCCCCAGAGAACCGGCCGCCCAGCCCCUUCGCCACUCUACCACACGCCCAGCACGUCAGGAACAUCGCGGAGGAGCUGGACCCGACCUUCCAGGCCCGGAGGCAAAGCACGGAGAGCCUCGGAGGGGGACCGGCAGGUCCGACCUGUCAGUCGCUCCCCAGGCCUCAAGCGGGCUUACGCAACCUACUGGAGGAGGCGACCUUCAUCCCGCCCACCAAGCGGCAAACGGACAAAUCGGGACGGGCGAAACCCAAAGAGAAGAAGGAAAACUGCAAGCAACAAUAAUUUGACAGAUGCUGUCGGAGUGCAUAUGUGUAUAUAAAAUACCACCAAAUAUCAGUUAACUAUAUUACUUUGAGGUUAAAGCUACCCCUACGAGCACUUUAGAAGAAAUGACAUUUUAUAUUUCUUGAUCAUGUGAAUUAUGACACUUGCCUUUUUUUU